AUGAACAGACCUGCUCAGCCCCAGUCUCUCCUGACUCAGCCUCCAGUGCAGCCCCGCUCGGGCCGCGUAUCUAUCCGCGCACACCUCCCGCGCCCCGCUCCGCUCGCCAUCGACGAGGAGGAGCUGCGCAAGGCCUGCCCGGGUCUCGGCGACACGCCCCUCACCUACGCCCGCGAAGGCCUCAAACAUCUCUCUACUCACAUGUACGCAGGAGUGCAGGGUGCGAUCCCACAGCACCAUCGCUCGCAGCUGCCCGAUGAACUCCAAGUUCUCCUCUCCGAUCCCAUCUCGCACGGGAGCAUCUGCCCCACCCACAUCCUCGCCAUCACCUCCUCCCUCCCCUCCUCCUCCUCCCGCAAAUACACCCUCUUCCCCGCCCACCAGCUCGUGCUCGGCGCUUUCUGCGCAUCCCUCCCGCACUUCCCCUCCUCCGCCGCCGCCUACCCGCUCCCGCCCUCCUCUUCUCCCAGCGUCACACUCCCCGUCGUGCGCCUCGCGCUCCCGGCACCCGCGCAGUUCGGGUUGUUGCUUUGGUAUUUGUACGUCCAGGACGCGGAGAGGCUGAGGCGCUCGCUGUUGCCUGCGGGCUGGGAUGCAGAUGUGGGUGGGAUGAUGCAGAGGGCGACGGUGGUCCAUGGGCUCUGGGCGAAUGCGUGUGCGCUGGGUGUGGUGGAUGCCCAGGUGUUUGAGGUCGUGCAGCAGGUGUGGAGGGUCGUUCUUGAGGCGAUUGCGAAGGCUACGGGCGCGCCGAUGCCUGAAGAGUCGUGA